AUGGAAAGUAAAAGCAAAAAUGACAAUCCUUAUUUUAUUCCGUGUAUCACAAGUACACCUAUGAAAAGAAAAAUAAGUAAAAAACACAUUCCACAUUCAGAUUCACUUAAUCAUUCGAAAGUAAUCAUUGAUGCUGUUCUUAAAGAUCAAAAAAUUUCUGCACAAAAAGAACUUAAGCAAGGUUAUAAGAAAUUAUUAUGCACAAUAGAUAUAUCUUCUUCUGAUGAUGAUGAAGAUUUUAACAGUAACAAUAAACUAAAGCUUAUUGUAAAUCCAAGUACAAGCAAAAGAAAUAUCCAAUUGGAAAAAAGUGAAAUAUCACAAGAAAAUUUUGAAUUAAAUUUUACCGCAAAGAAAAAAAAUUCAUUUUUGAAAAAAAGCAAAAAUGAAAGAAGUCUUACAGAAAUUCAAAAUAAUAUGUUAGACAGUAAUACAUUGAACAAAUAUGAUGAAGAAGUAAUUGCUAAGAAAAGAACCAAAACUGCAGAUUCAGAACAAAUUAUUUUUUCAAAUGCAGUUAAUAAUAACACUAAUAAAAAUUGUUUGAGUUUAAACGAUAAAAAAAAUGAUUCGAGUUUGGAUGGAAAAUAUUCUGUGAAACAAAAGUUAUUAGAAAAUUAUAUUACUAAAUCUAAGAAUAAUUUAGGAGACUGUCACAAAACUCAAUUGUCAAAAAAACUUGAAAAGUGUAAUGUGAGAGAGAUUAAAGUUAAAAAAAUAACAGGAAAAAAUACUUCAAAACUCGCUCAACUGCAAAAAACUAAUAAUGAUAAAAAUAAAUCAAUAUUAAAUAUUUCUUCUAACCAAAAGAAAACUUCAUCGAUUGAUAAAAGUAAAAUUUCACCCAAUCAUUUUGAUAAAGAAGAAAUAUUUAAAUCUCCUAAAAUAAAUCAAAAAAAUUCAUCUCAUCAAUUAUUUUCCGAUAGUAAAGAGCAAGAAUUAUUUAAUUCAUUAAAUUUAAACACAAGCGGUUGUUUUAUUUUACAAAAUGCCGUCCUUAAAGGUUUUAAAUGCGGUUUGUUAAAAAUUAAUCCUGAAUGUCAUCAUUCGAGUAAAACAAUGCAUAAAAAUUCUUAUUUGGUAAAUACAAAAAACUAA